GGCUCGUUGGCUGGCGCGUGGUGAUGGGCUCAGGCUUGCUAUGGAGGGUGCCCGGCCGGCAACGUCCAACACCACCGCGCUUCCUCCCUCCCUAUACCCCGGAGCUCGGGUAUGAGCAUGGUGAGCCUGCCGGUGGGCGACUUGGCGACUUGCGGCAGGGUUGAGACAUGGGAUGGGUCUGGUGGACCAGGAGUCCAUGAUGAUGAAGAUGAGGAUGGUGAUGGUGAUGAUUGAUACCGAUGCUUGAUCGAAACCCUGAGUACGGCCAUCGGGACUCGCUUUCUAUUUCGCCCUCAGAGUACAUUAUUACAGCACCAGUGAAUUCCCCUUCCAACACCCACACAAUUGUCCAAUACCUCUCAGCUACGACCCUACCAGGGAGCCCGGGCACCUUGUCGAGACUCAGUUGGUUGUUGCCACUCAAAAAGACGCUGUCCGUCCCAUCGCCAGCUUCCCAUCGUUUGGGAUAUUAGGUUACAGAUGCAGGUGGUGGCUAAUGAACCGUCAGGAGCCUCCUCCUUGCAGACGGGUGAUACAACCUGGGAAACUAAUGUACGAUGCCGCAAGAUCUGGUCCCAGGGUAAGGGAGGUAGGUAUAGGGGUACUACAUGCCUGGUCCCUCGUCCCUCGAUCAGUCCCUCCGUGCCUCAGUGCCCCGAUCAGACCGACCCAGACCUUUCUUGUCUCGAGGCUCGACUCGGCAGCACACGACAUGCGGCACAACAUGCAGCAUCGGCUCCCACCUCUUGGGGCCGCCGCUUCCCUGCAAGCAGCUCAGGCGUACAGAAUGGGCCCGGCCGGGGCCAUCCAUGGCUUGCGCUGGCGGCGAGAAUCUGCGAGUCCCAGGGUCCAAGAACCCACCCUCAGAAGAAGGAAAAAGAACCCUCAUCCUGGAUGGCCAUCUUGGCGGGCCUGGCGCCGGGUGCAGUGCUCGUGUCCGGAGGUGAAGCACCGUUCCGUGACCGUCCCGUGGCGAUGAACGACUCGCCGUAACACAGCAUCACACCCAAUUCUGUCUUCCAUUACGGUCCGGCCUUAUGCUUGACACAACGACGCGUGCGCGGCCCCAAGCUUGAGCCACCCCGGCAAAUACGUUCGUUGACGCUCCCCCCUUAAAAAGCCCCUAGGCUUGACCUCGCUCGCGUUGCGAAAACCCUCCCGUGGACGCUGACGCCGCUGUGAAUAGCGCCCGGCUUCUGGCUGGCUCGGGCUGGUUGGAGUGGUUGGCGUGGUUGGCGUGGUUGGCCAUCCCGGCUGGGCGUCACCCUAG